AUGUCUACUACCGCUGCCGAUCAUAACGCUACCAAAUCUGUCCCACAUGUACCUCAGACGUCCCGACGGUACAGGAACUCAUAUAAUGGAUUCGUGUACAAUAUCCAUACGUGGCUCUAUGAUGUAUCUGUAUUUCUUUUUAAUAUUCUGUUCACUAUUUUCUUCAGAGAAAUUAAGAUACGUGGGGCGUACAAUGUUCCAGAAGUUGGGGUGCCUACCAUUCUCGUGUGUGCCCCUCAUGCAAAUCAGUUCAUCGACCCAGCCUUGGUAAUGUCUCAAACUCGUUUGCUGAAGACGUCAGCGGGAAAGUCCCGGUCCAGAAUGCCCUGCUUUGUCACUGCAGAGUCUAGCUUCAAGAAAAGAUUCAUCUCUCUAUUUGGUCACGCUAUGGGUGGUAUCCCCGUACCUAGAAUUCAGGACAACUUAAAGCCAGUGGAUGAGAGUCUUGAGAUUUACGCUCCGGACUUAAAGAACCACCCGGAAAUUAUAAAGGGUCGCUCUAAGAACCCGCAUACCACUCCGGUGAACUUCACAAAAAGGUUUUCUGUCAAGUCUUUACUUGGAUUGCCCAACUACUUGAGUAACGCUCAAAUUAAGGAAAUUCCGGAUGACGAAACAAUAAUCUUGUCCUCCCCCUUUAGAACGUCUAAAUCAAAGGCGGUGGAGCUCUUGACUAAUGGUACUAAUUUUAAAUAUGCGGAGAAAAUAGACAAUACGGAAACUUUCCAGAGUGUUUUUGACCACUUGCAUACGAAGGGCUGUGUAGGUAUUUUCCCCGAAGGUGGUUCUCAUGACCGUCCUUCGUUAUUGCCCAUCAAGGCAGGUGUUGCCAUUAUGGCUCUGGGCGCUGUAGCCGCCGACCCGAAUAUGAGAGUGGCGGUUGUGCCCUGUGGUUUGCAUUAUUUCCAUAGAAAUAAGUUCAGGUCUAGGGCUGUAUUGGAAUAUGGUGAACCUAUAAUCGUAGAUGGGAAAUAUGGCGAGAUGUACAAAGACUCCCCCCGUGAGACCGUUUCCAAACUGUUAAAAAAGAUCACGAAUUCGCUGUUUUCCGUCACCGAAAAUGCUCCAGAUUACGAUACUUUAAUGGUCAUUCAGGCUGCAAGAAGACUAUAUCAACCGGUAAAAGCCAGGCUUCCUCUGCCCGCUAUUGUGGAAAUCAACAGAAGACUACUUUUUGGUUAUUCCAAAUUUAAGGAUGACCCAAGAAUUAUUCAUUUAAAACAACUGGUUUAUGACUAUAACAGGAAAUUAGAUUUGGUGGGCUUGAAAGACCACCAAGUUAUGCAAUUGAAAACUACCAAAUUAGAAGGCUUGAGAUGUUUUGUAGUUUUGAUUAUUCGAUUAAUUAAGCUAUCUGUUUUUGCUGCACUAUCGUUACCAGGUUCCAUUCUCUUCACUCCAAUUUUCAUUAUUUGUCGUAUAUAUUCUGAAAAGAAGGCCAAAGAGGGUUUGAAGAAAUCAUUGGUUAAGAUCAAAGGUACCGAUUUGUUAGCCACAUGGAAGCUUAUCGUGGCGCUAAUAUUGGCUCCAGUUCUAUACGUCACCUACUCAAUCUUAUUGAUUAUCUUGGCGAGGAAGCAACACUAUUGUCGCAUUUGGCUUCCCUCCACUAACCCACUCAUACAAUUCGUCUAUUUUUACGCAUUAUUGGUUUUCACUACAUACUCCUCUUUGAAAACAGGUGAAAUUGGUGUGGACCUUUUCAAAUCUUUAAGGCCGCUUUUCGUUUCCAUUGUUUACCCCGGUAAAAAGAUCGAAGAGAUUCAAACAACAAGAAAGAAUUUAAGUUUGGAAUUGACCGCUGUUUGUAACGAUUUAGGGCCACUGGUCUUUCCUGAUUACGAUAAAUUGGCGACUGAGAUUUUCUCUAAAAGGGAUGGCUAUGAUGUUUGUUCUGAUACAGAGUCGUCUAUAAGCCGUAUGAGCGCUCAAUCUAGAAGUCGUUCAUCUUCUAUACAUUCUAUUGGGUCACAAGCCUCUAACGCGCUAUCAAGGGUGAAUUCAAGAGGCUCAUUGACCGAUAUUCCAAUUUUCUCUGAUGCUAGGCAAGGUCAAUGGAAAAGUGAAGGUGAAACUAGUGAGGACGAGGAUGAAUUUGAUGAGAAAAUUUCUGGGACUGUAGAAACCGCACAAAAUUCCGAUUCAAACAAGGAAAACAGUCGCGAUACAGAUAUAUCUUCGAAGAUUGCUUCACUGGUGAGACAAAAAAGAGAACACGAAAAGAAGGAAUGA